AAUCUCGCAAGAAUAUUUCUUCUCGCGCAUUUCCUUGCUUGGUUGAUUCAUCCCCUCGCAGAAAUUGACAGCAGCUGGGUCUCUGGCUAACGAAGGACAGACACAGCACAACAUACGAUUUCAGCUUUACUGUAGGCUCCCCCUUUCCCCUUCCCCUUCGGCAUUGAAGAGUUCAAAGUAAUAUUACCCUCACACCGCACACUGUAAGGGUAAAUCGGCUCCAAGAAAGGUGUAGUCUUAAAUUUUCAGUAGCGAAAGCGUAGCUAGCUAGCCGAGCUAGCUAGCUAAUUUGUCUAGCUAGGCUAGCUACGUAGAGGAAUUACAAUUAUUUUUUUUCCCGAGCAAACGAGUUUGAAGAAUGUCGGGCAAGGAACAGAAUAAACAAUCCACCACUGAACGGCCGAUCAAAGCGGUGCCAUACCCUCCCACGACACGACUCACCAUGUCAGAGCUGUACGUGGACGGGAAGCCCAAAGUGGACCUGCUGAAGAGUCACCUGGUGAAGGAGGGUCGUCUGGAAGAGGACGCGGCCCUGCGGAUCAUUAACGAGGGAGCCGCCAUCCUCCGCCGGGAGAAGUGCAUGCUGGAGGUGGAGGCUCCGAUCACAGUGUGCGGAGACGUCCAUGGCCAGUUCUUCGACCUGAUGAAGCUGUUUGAGGUGGGCGGUUCGCCUCAUAACACGCGGUACCUCUUCCUGGGAGACUACGUGGACCGAGGCUACUUCAGUAUUGAGUGUGUACUGUACCUGUGGACGCUGAAGAUAAACUACCCCACCACACUUUUCCUGCUCAGAGGAAACCAUGAGUGCCGGCACCUCACCGAGUACUUCACCUUCAAACAGGAGUGCAAAAUCAAGUACUCUGAACGCGUGUAUGACGCUUGCAUGGACGCUUUCGACUGCCUGCCUUUGGCCGCCCUGCUGAAUCAGCAGUUCCUUUGCGUCCACGGAGGCCUGUCCCCAGAGAUCAGCUGCCUGGACGACAUCCGUAAGUUAGACAGGUUUAAGGAGCCUCCUGCUUUUGGGCCCAUGUGUGACCUGCUCUGGUCUGAUCCUGGAGAAGACUACGGCAGUGAAAAGUCGUUAGAGCAUUUCUGUCACAACAGCGUGAGAGGCUGCUCCUACUUCUACAGUUACCCUGCAGUAUGUGACUUUCUGAUGAACAAUAAUUUGUUGUCAGUAAUACGAGCACAUGAAGCCCAGGAUGCAGGGUACCGAAUGUACAGAAAAAGCCAGACGACCGGGUUUCCUUCUUUAAUCACAAUCUUCUCAGCGCCAAACUACUUAGACGUUUAUAACAACAAAGCUGCUGUGUUAAAAUAUGAGAACAACGUGAUGAACAUCCGACAGUUUAACUGUUCCCCUCACCCGUACUGGCUGCCCAACUUCAUGGAUGUUUUCACGUGGUCGCUGCCUUUCGUUGGGGAGAAAGUGACGGAGAUGCUGGUGAACGUGCUGAAUAUCUGCUCUGACGAUGAGCUCAUGUCUGAGGGGGAUGACACGUGUGAAGGUGGAGCUCCUGCUGUCCGUAAGGAGGUUAUCCGGAAUAAGAUUCGCGCCAUUGGUAAGAUGGCCCGAGUUUUCUCUGUUCUCAGAGAGGAGAAUGAGAGUGUGUUACAGCUAAAGGGUCUGACUCCCACUGGGACGUUGCCUUUGGGUGUUCUGUCUGGAGGCCGUCAGACACUGCAGAGCGCCACCGUAGAGGCAGCGGAGGCAAGAGCCAUCCAAGGCUUUAACCCGCAGCACAGGAUCCAGAGCUUUGAGGAGGCGCGUGGUCUGGACCGGAUAAAUGAGCGCAUGCCUCCGCGCAAGGACGGGAAGCAGCCGGACGGCACCGCCAACUCCAUCAACGCGGUCAACUCCCCCGACAAAAACGGCACCAACGCCCAGGCGUAGUACCCG